AUGGACGGCCCUCCACCACCACCGCCUCCUCAUGGAGCAAAUCCACGGAGUGACACCGGGCCUGGAGAUGGCAGCAGGUACCGAAAAUCCACAGAUUUGCCUGAGGGUCCCUACGACAUAUUUGUCAUCCCGCCCCAUUCUGCUGGUGGUGGCUUUUUAUACCUUCCCUCCCUCCAAUGCCAUACAAACAGCUUCCUGGCUGGGGUUGCAGUAACAUUGAUGGGAGUCUACUUUUAUUUCAAUGCCUUGCCCACCCUGAAGACCUGGUGUGCGACAGUUGUAGCCCGUGGUGGAAUGGGUGUAUUUCUGCUAGCCUUUGGAAUUGGCAUCGUCAGCUGGGCGAUUGGCAAGGCCCAGGCUGAAGGAGUCUUCCGUCAACGGUCUCGCUCAAAGCCCGCCGCUUCUAGCAACGGAAGCACUUCUCGUGGACCCCCUCCUGGGCCGCCGCCAGGUGCUCCUCCCCCAGGCGGGCACGGCCCUCCUCCUCCUCCUCCUCCUCCUCCUCCUCCAGGCGGACAUGGCCCUCCACCGCCUGGCGGAGCGGGCCCAGGGCCUGGAGCAGGCGGCGGCUCAUAUCAGAAUUACGGCGGACAUUAUGCUGGUGCUGGGUUCCCUCCUCCGCCUAAUCCGGGAGCUGGAUUCCCCGGUGGAGGUGGCCCGUAUCCAGGCGCAGGUGGUCCAUAUCCAGGUGCUGGCCCUCAAUACCCAGGAGGACACCAAUAUAACAGGAAUAGCUAUCCUGGAAGCCGCCAGAGCUACGGAAGUUAUGAUUCUCCGCCCUCUCCAGAGCCGCAUAGGCGUGAUACUCGACGCUCCGAAUCCCCGGGGCCUCCACCAAGACGUGAAGCACCACGGUCUAGAUCUCCACCGCCUCCUCCUCCACCAAACCAUGAACCCCGUAGGCCCGAGACGCCCAAGCCACAAUUUAUGCCCAAGCAACCUGAGCCCGAGCCAAAGCGUGAGCGUGAGCCUGAACCUGAACAAAUACCUGAGCCUCCAAAGCCAGAGCCUCCAAAAUCAGAGCUGCCAAAGAAAGAGGAGCCAGCACCAGAAGAACCAAAGCCAGCACCACCAAAGCCUGAGCCUCCAGCUCCUGAGCCUCCGAAGAAGGAAGCGCCCAAACCAGAGGAACCUAAGCCAGAAGAACCGAAACCCGAGCCGCCAAAGCCUGUACCGCCGAAACCAGAACUUCCGAAGCAACCUGAGGUUAAGCCGGAGCCCCCAAAGCCUGCUGAGUCUACUCCUGAGCCUGAACCUCUAAAGCCGGAAUCUGUUAAGGCAGAAUCAGUUAAGGCAGAACCCGUUAAGGUAGAGCCCGUUAAGGUAGAGCCCGUUAAGGCAGAACCUGUGAAGCCAGAACCUCCCAAGCCUGCCGAGCCUGCUCCUCAGCCCGAACCUCCGAAGCCAGAAACUCCUAAAGAAGUACCCACGGUUGAUCCAAAGAUGAGCGAGUGGGAGAAAGCUCGUGAAGACACGAGAAGGAGAGAGGAGCUGAAGAGAAAGAUGGAUGAAAUCAAACGCAAAAGGGCAGAGGCAGAGCGCAAGAAGAAGGAGGAAGAGGAGAAGAAGGCCCGUGAGGAGCAAGAGAAGCGUGAUAAAGAGAACCGAGAACGAGAGUAUCGCCUUUGGAAGGAGAAGCGAGCUAAAGAAAAAGCUGCUAAAGAAGCUGCCGAGAGAGAAGCAAAGGCAGCCCAGGAAGCCGCCGAAAAGGAGGCCGCAGAGAAGGCUGCGAAGGAAAAGGCGAGACAGGAGGCCGCUGCAAGAUAUGCUGCCGCAAAGGAAGCUGCCGCUGCCAGGCGAGCCGCCGCGGCUGCCUCCGCCGCUUCAUCAGCCGCUCCAUCAGUUUCCUCCACGACGAAACUAUCAUCAACUACCAAAACCUCUCCAGUCAAGCCAAAGUCUCAGACAGCUUUGCUGGAAAGGCGGUCACCAUCACCGGAGAAGCGACCAACUCCAAAGCCUACACAGGGCCGGCCUCCUUUUGCCUCUGUCAAGACAGCUACUACGGACGCAGAAGACGAUGCAUAUUCAUUUCGCCCCUAUGACCGACCAAGAUCAAAUAUUAGCCGACCUAGUCAGCCAGCCUCAGUCAUUUCGGAGUCAACCUAUGCUCCAUCUCAAUCCACAGCAAACACCACGCCUCCUCCAUCUCAACGUGGACCGUACUCGACUAAGAAUCCUGACAAAAUUGUUAUCCACGGCGUAUACACAUUCAAUAAUGCAUUUAUGAAGACCCCUAUAGCGCAAUUGGUAUCUGGAGUGGGUUCAGUAACAGAUGGACUCAUUCUGCGAAUGACAACUGAAGGCAUGUUUGUUGACGAUGACGUCCGUGGAGUAGCACAGAGAGAAUGGGAUAUCAAGGCAUGGACUAUGAAGCUAGUAGAGGUAUGGUGCCCUUUGCAUUCUGCGAAUCACCCUGCUCGCCCAAGCAAUGGAAAGCUCAAUCCCUUCCGAUUUGGCAAUUUGCAUUCGUCAUCCAAGCAGCCUAGCAGCGAGGAUUCAGAUGCUUUCGUUACAGGGAUACUCCAUACCUGUAAAGAUCAAUGCCGUUUCGGGGCGAGCAGUGCUGCUGACUCGAGUAGUUCUGUUUAUCAUAGCGCUGGCAGUGGUAUUAACCAAGAUAUUCUACAGACAGCAGAAGCUCGCGGUCUGCACAUCAUCAGAACCAGCAUCAGAGACCAAGAAGGCAAGCGGUUCAUCUUUGUACUUGACGAAAGCGAGGCAUGGAAGGUUGCUCUUGGCCUUAAGCGCCUAAGAAAAGGUAGUCAGGUUCGUGCUUUGGGCGUUUGCGGUUUACCAGCCAACGAAGCCGCCUCCAUUCUCGGCAACCUGGGCUAUUGA